GAGGAGCUUUCACCUGCCCACUCGUUCUGUCUCUCUUCCUCCAUCACACCUCUCUCUCUGAAGGAUAUUACUGCAUCAAUCUGUUAAACAACUUAAAGGACUCAAACAGAUAGUGUGUGUCGACAUGCUGGCUACUCUGGAGACGGUGAGAAUGGGUUAUAUCCCAGGCUGGCCCGGUCCUGCCCAGACCCCGGUAGAGGUGGACCUGGACGUCAUAGAGGAAUAUCUACAGGAACACUCCCUGGAUGUCCAACACACACCUCCUACGCCUCCUGCCACGCCCGCUCAGCAAACACACACACACUCACACCAACACCAGGAGACCAGCGUCAUAGAGAACAGCUGGUCUGGUCAGUAUGCCUACCAGUGGCAUUAUGACUAUAGUUCUCCUAAUAAGGAAUAUGAAAAACAGGCUCCGCCCACAGAAUGGCCUCGUCUUCAUGGCAACCACUGGGAGCACAGCACCUAUUCCAGUGAGACAACUCCCUGCAGUGAGUCUGACUCCUCCAGCUCCCUCUGUCUAGACUACCCUCCCUCCUCUCCCUCCGACCCUCUCUCCUGCCCCCCUGCUGAGAGGAGAGGCAGGAAGACGAGCGAAAUACUGCCCCUCACAUCACACUCAGGAAAGAAGAAGGAGCGUCUGUUCCACUUUCUGUUUGAGAUGCUACAGACCCCCUCCAUGCGGAGCUGCAUCUGGUGGGUACAGUCCUGCUCCGGCACCUUCCAGUUCUCCUCCCAGAACAAGGAGCGUCUGGCCCAGCUGUGGGGCCGAAGGAAGGGAAAUCGCAAGACCAUGACAUACCAGAAGAUGGCUCGAGCACUCAGAAACUACAGCAGAACAGGAGAGAUCUGUAAGGUGAAGAGGAAGCUCACGUACCAGUUUAGUGAGGGAACACUGAGGGGGCUGCAGGGAGCGUGUUAGGGAGAGUGAGAAGGAGGAACAUAUGCUAGCACAGUUACCUGGCAGGGCACAAAGAUAAAUACUGAGUAUUUGUAGGAUGAGGAAGUAGAAGAGGAGGAGCAAGAGGAAGAGGAGGAUGAGCAGGGGGAGGAGGAAGAGGAGGAGAAGCAGGAGGAGGAAGAGGAGGAGAAGGAAGAGUAUGAAGAGGGGGAGGAGGAGGAAGAAGAGCAGGAGGAGGAAGAGGAGGGUGAGGAGCAACAUCACCCUAACCCCUAACUCUUCAACAGGUAGACAUCAUGUAGAAGCUAGGGAAAGGGCCUUCAACAUGUAGAAGCUAGGGAAAGGGCCUUCAACAUGUAGAAGCUAGGGAAAGGGCCUUCAACAUGUAGAAGCUAGGGAAAGGGUCUUCAACAUGUAGAAGCUAGGGAAAGGGUCUUCAACAUGUAGAAGCUAGGGAAAGGGCCUUCAACAUGUAGAAGCUAGGGAAAGGGCCUUCAACAUGUAGAAGCUAGGGAAAGGGUCUUCAACAUGUAGAAGCUAGGGAAAGGGCCUUCAACACGUAGAAGCUAGGGAAAGGGCCUUCAACAUGUAGAAGCUAGGGAAAGGGCCUCCAACAUGUAGAAGCUAGGGAAAGGGCCUUCAACAUGUAGAAGCUAGGGAAAGGGUCUUCAACAUGUAGAAGCUAGGGAAAGGGCCUUCAACAUGUAGAAGCUAGGGAAAGGGCCGUCAACAUGUAGAAACUAGAGAAAGGGCCUUCAACAUGUAGAAGCUAGAGGAAGGGCCUUCAACAUGUAGAAGCUAGGGAAAGGGCCUUCAACAUGUAGAAGCUAGGGAAAGGGCCUUCAACAUGUAGAAGCUAGGGAAAGGGCCUUCAACAUGUAGAAGCUAGGGAAAGGGCCUUCAACAUGUAGAAGCUAGGGAAAGGGCCGUCAACAUGUAGAAGCUAGGGAAAGGGUCUUCAACAUGUAGAAGCUAGGGAAAGGGCCUUCAACAUGUAGAAGCUAGGGAAAGGGCCUUCAACAUGUAGAAGCUAGGGAAAGGGCCUUCAACACGUAGAAGCUAGGGAAAGGGCCUUCAACACGUAGAAGCUAGGGAAAGGGCCUUCAACAUGUAGAAGCUAGGGACAGGGUCUUCAACAUGUAGAAGCUAGGGAAAGGGCCUUCAACAUGUAGAAGCUAGGGAAAGGGCCUUCAACAUGUAGAAGCUAGGGAAAGGGCCUUCAACAUGUAGAAGCUAGGGAAAGGGCCUUCAACAUGUAGAAGCUAGGGAAAGGGCCUUCAACAUGUAGAAGCUAGGGAAAGGGCCGUCAACAUGUAGAAGCUAGGGAAAGGGCCUUCAACAUGUAGAAGCUAGGGAAAGGGCCUUCAACAUGUAGAAGCUAGGGAAGGGCCUUCAACACGUAGAAGCUAGGGAAAGGGCCUUCAACACGUAGAAGCUAGGGAAAGGGCCUUCAACAUGUAGAAGCUAGGGACAGGGUCUUCAACAUGUAGAAGCUAGGGACAGGGCCUUCAACAUGUAGAAGCUAGAGAAAGGGCCUUCAACAUGUAGACACCAUGUAGAAGCUAGGGAAAGGGCCUUCAACAUGUAGAAGCUAGAGACAGGGCCUUCAACAUGUAGAAGCUAGAGAAAGGACCUUCAACAUGUAGACACCAUGUAGAAGCUAGGGAAAGGGCCUUCAACAUGUAGAAGCUAGGGAAAGGGCCUUCAACACGUAGAAGCUAGGAACAGGGCCUUCAACACGUAGAAGCUAGGGAAAGGGCCUUCAACAUGUAGAAACUAGGGAAGGGGCCUUCAACACGUAGAAGCUAGGGAAAGGGUCUUCAACAUGUAGAAGCUAGGGAAGGGUCUUAAACAUGUAGAAGUUAGGGAAAGGGCCUUCAAUAUGUAGAAGCUAGGGAAGGGUCUUCAACAUGUAGAAGCUAGGGUAGGGCCUUCAACAUGUAGAAGCUGGGGAAAGGGCCUUCAACAUGUAGAAGCUAGGGAAAGGGCCUUCAACAUGUAGAAGUUAGGGAAAGGGCCUUCAACAUGUAGAAGCUAGGGAAAUGGCCUUCAACAUGUAGAAACUAGGGAAGGGGCCUUCAACAUGUAAAAGCUAUGGAAAGGGCCUUCAACAUGUAGAAGCUAGGGAAAGGGCCUUCAACAUGUAGAAGCUAGGGAAAGGGCCUUCAACAUGUAGAAGCUAGGGAAAGGGCCUUCAACAUGUAGAAACUAGGGAAGGGGCCUUCAACAUGUAAAAGCUAUGGAAAGGGCCUCCAACAUGUAGAAGCUAUGGAAAGGGCCUCCAACAUGUAGAAGCUAGGGAAAGGGCCUUCAACAUGUAGAAGCUAGGGAAAGGGCCUUCAACAUGUAGAAGCUAGGGAAAGGGCCUUCAACAUGUAGAAGCUAGGGAAAGGGCCUUCAACAUGUAGAAGUUAGGGAAAGGGCCUUCAACAUGUAGAAACUAGAGAAAGGGCCUUCAACAUGUAGAAACUAGAGAAAGGGCCUUCAACAUGUAGAAGCUAGAGGAAGGGUCUUCAACACGUAGAAGCUAGGGAAAGGGCCUUCAACAUGUAAAAGCUAGAGAAAGGGCCUUCAACAUGUAGAAGUUAGGGAAAGGGCCUUCAACAUGUAGCAGCUAGGGAAAGGGCCUUCAACAUGUAGAAGCUAGGGAAAGGGCCUUCAACACGUAGAAGCUAGGCAAAGGGCCUUCAACAUGUAGCAGCUAGGGAAAGGGCCUUCAACAUGUAGAAGCUAGGGAAAGGGCCUUCAACACGUAGAAGCUAGGCAAAGGGCCUUCAACACGUAGAAGCUAGGGAAAGGGCCUUCAACAUGUAGAAGCUAGGGAAAGGGCCUUCAACACGUAGAAGCUAGGCAAAGGGCCUUCAACAUGUACAAGCUAGGGAAAGGGCCUUUAACAUGUAGAAGCUAGGGAAAGGGCCUUCAACACGUAGAAGCUAGGGAAAGGGCCUUCAACAUGUAGAAGCUAGGGAAAGGGCCUUCAACAUGUAGAAGCUAGAGAAAGGGUCUUCAACAUGUAGACACCAUGUAGACGCUAGGGAAAGGGCAUUCAACAUGUAGAAGCUAGGGAAAGGGCCUUCACUAUGUAGAAGCUAGGGAAAGGGCCUUCAACAUGUAGAAGCUAGGGAAGGGCCUUCAACAUGUAGAAGCUAGGGAAGGGCCUUCAACAUGUAGACACCAUGUAGACGCUAGGGAAAGGGCCUUCAACAUGUAGAAGCUAGGGAAGGGCCUCCAACAUGUAGAAGCUAGGGAAAGGGCCUUCAACAUGUAGAAGCUAGAGAAAGGGCCUUCAACAUGUAGAAGCUAUGGAAAGGGUCUUCAACAUGUAGAAGCUAGGGACAGGGCCUUCAACAUGUAGAAGCUAGGGAAAGGGCCUUCAACAUGUAGAAGCUAGGGAAAGGGCCUUCAACAUGUAGAAGCUAGGGAAAGGGUCUUCAACAUGUAGAAGCUAGGGAAAGGGCCUUCAACAUGUAGAAGCUAGGGAAAGGGCCUUCAACAUGUAAAAGCUAUGGAAGGGGCCUUCAACAUGUAGAAGCUAGGGAAGGGGCCUUCAACAUGUAGAAACUAUGGAAGGGGCCUUCAACAUGUAGAAGCUAUGGAAGGGGCCUUCAACAUGUAGAAGCUAGGGAAAGGACCUUCAACAUGUAGAAGCUAGGGUAAGGGCCUUCAACAUGUAGAAGCUAGGGAAAGGGCCUUCAACAUGUAGAAGCUAGAGAAAGGGCCUUCAACAUGUAGAAGCUAGGGUAAGGGCCUUCAACAUGUAGAAGCUAGGGAAAGGGCCUUCAACAUGUAGAAGCUAGGGAAAGGGCCUUCAACAUGUAGAAGCUAGGGAAAGGGCCUUCAACAUGUAGAAGCUAGGGACAGGGCCUUCAACAUGUAGAAGCUAGGGAAAGGGCCUUCAACAUGUAGAAGCUAGGGACAGGGCCUUCAACAUGUAGAAGCUAGGGAAAGGGCCUUCAACAUGUAGAAGCUAGGGAAAGGGCCUUCAACACGUAGAAGCUAGGGAAAGGGCCUUCAACAUGUAGAAGCUAGGGAAAGGGCCUUCAACAUGUAGAAGCUAGGGAAGGGGCCUUCAACAUGUAGAAGCUAGGGAAAGGGCCUUCAACAUGUAGAAGCUAGGGAAAGGGCCUUCAACAUGUAGAAGCUAGGGAAGGGGCCUUCAACAUGUAGAAGCUAGGGAAAGGGCCUUCAACAUGUAGAAGCUAGGGAAAGGGCCUUCAACAUGUAGAAGCUAGGUAAAGUGUAUUCAGGGGCUACAGAAGGGACAAGCCUUUGAACAUUGGCUUUGAACAUUAUUUGUAAAUCUGAGGAUUGUCAUUAUAUGAAAACUACUUCAUAAGUAGAGUUUGAAUGAAUCUCAAAUGGCACUGAUUAUUUUAUACACCUAAUGAAGAAAAUGUUGGAUCGGAUGAUGUAUUUUUCUACACUUUCUUUUUGUUUUAAAUUUAGGUCUUUAAUCGUGUGUUUUGAUAAACUGGUUUAGAGAAGAUCCAUUUGUUCGGAAAUAACGUUUUAAACCAUUUGUCUUUUUGUCCUAUGAUUUUAAUAAAAUGUCUGGUAUCUGCCCUCAUACUGUGAUGGUGUUGGCCCAGCGUCGUCCGGGUUUGGCCGGUGUAGGCCGUCAUUGUAAAUAAGAAUUUGUUCUUUACUG